AUGGGAGGUGGACAAUCAACCCAAUAAAAUUAAGAGCAGCAGCAAAAUGCUACAUAGGAAUAGUAGAAACUUUCCUAAGAAGAGAUUCAGAGAGUCAGAGAUUAGCGAACUUAGGCUCUGUAAAAGAGAAUUGAAGAAUAAAGAAGAGCAGAAUAAUUAGCCAAAUAGACUGUGAUUGAUUUUAAGAAUCCACCAAAUAAUCUAGAAGAAACUAAAUCUGACUAGGCUAAUUAAAUUAAGCCAACUGAAAUUGCUGGUAGCUCGAGCAAGAUUAAUGUUUAAGAACAAAUUUUGCAACAGAAUAAUGAGAAAGCUCAAGCUCAAAACAAGCUCUUAGAGUAAAUACAGGCAAAUAAGUAGAAAAUGGAAGAGUAAAAACCCUUAGUAGAGUAGUAGAAAAAUACUUAAACUCAAUAGUAAUAGCCCAAAGUAGGGAUAACCAAAGAGCAAAGAAUUCAUAAUUUCAUUAGUGAUAUAUUCUAAAUCACUAACGAAAACUCUAUCACAAAUUCUAACAAUAAAAAUAAGACUUUUCUCUAUGAAUACUGCGGAGAAGGAAGGCAAUUUAAGAUGCAAGACUUAGAUGAUAUAAUAAUGAGUAGGCUCUAGUAAAAUAAAAAUGAGAAUAAAUUUGUUUAUUUAUUCAAUUGCUACAGGAAGAUUGAUAGCCAUUUGUAUGUGAAAGAAAAGAUUAUAGAGAACGCUACUGAAAUUAAGGAAUCUAUCGUCUCCUAUUUUAAUACUUGUCUUCAACUUCCUGAGACAUUUAAUCUGACUAAUAAUUAUACUAUUCAUGUUGAUGGUGACGGUAACAAUAUGAAUAAUCUAAUGGCAAUGCUGUAAGGAGGAGGAUAAGGAAUGGGUAUGAGUAUGCAGGAAAAAUUGUAUAGCAACUAAGAAUUUCAAUUUACUCGUAUGUAGAACGACCUUUGGGUAGCUUUUUAUGAGGAAAACUUAUUUUGCAAUUAUGAAUUCUUACAAUCUUUGACUUAAAUCUUAUAAGAAGAUGAAGAAUGGAUGCAGCUUUUCUACAGAACUCUUUUCAAUAAAAUGCAUUUGAACUUGAAUAGUAUAAAUAUUGAUAAAUUUAGGACUGCUGAGAGUUAUCUUGAAAUUCUCAAACAGCUUUUGAACAGUAAAGAAGCUUAAGAGUUAUUUGUUAAGAAUUUCAUGUUUUACAGAGAAGGAUUAAAUGGCAAAUAGAUAUAGAUGGAAACUUACCUUGGGAGAUAUUUUAGUUUUUCUUGCUUAGCUCACGAGACUAGGGGAUUUAAAGAUGCAUAUUUCAAAGGCAUAGCUAAAUCCUAGUAAAAUGGUAUUUAGAGAAUGACAGAAUAGGUAUCUGAUUAAUUUCACAAAUUUCAUGUUUUGAUAUUUGAUGUAAUGCAGAAACUUCUCAAAAAUAAAGAAUGUAGAGAUAUUGUUAUGAAAUGGUUGAGGGCUGCUUUAUCAUCAAAUAUGGAUAAGCAAAAAAUGUACACAUAAAUCCCAGUAGCAUCAGAUGGGUUCAUCUUGAAUCUUAUAGAUGUAUUGCUUUUAUUCGGCAAGCCUUUUACAUCAAAAUUUCAUGAAUUCCCUGCAUAGUUUAGGAAAGUUAAUUUCUUUUAUUUGAUGGACGAUAAGUUUUUUAUUGGGGGCAAAAAAAUCGAAAAAAUUAACAAUGAGCUUGUUGAAUUAUUUAUAAGUGGUUAACUAUUAAAGCCAGAAUUCACAGGAAUAACAUAGGAAUUAAACGAAGAAUCUAGUUUAAAUUCAGAAAAAGAAUUGAAUGUUAUUCCUUAACCUAAUUUCAUUACUGAAAUCUUUUUCUUGGCUCAUAUAGCUAUAAGCUUAUUAGAAAAGAAAAUAGAAAAGUAAUAUGAAGAGCUUUAUAAGCAUAUUAACAAAGCAGCAGGACAGAAGGAUAUUUAAACCUACGAAGAGAUGAUGGGUGUAAAGAUGUGCAUUGAUGUACACUUACUUGGAAAAUCCAUUUUAGGCAAUUUUAGAUCUCUAUUUACCUUUACUGGGGCUUUAUUUAUCUCAAUGACUUCACAGAAAUCAACAGGACCUUAUCAAAUACCACCUGAAAGUUUUUAAGAUCUUGAAGAAUUUGAAAAAUAAGCUAUUGAAUUAAGACAAAUUAUAAAUGCAACAUCAUCAAAUGAAGAAAGUCAACUCGAUUUAGCUGCGUUCCCAACAAUUAUCUUAACUAACUUAUCUAAUCUCCCAAAAUUAUUUAGGCAAUAUAGCCCAGAUGUUUAUUACGGCUAUGAUUUGGAUUUAAAUGUUCAAGUAGCAACCAACGUUACAAUUAUAAAUGAGAAUCUAAUCAAGAAUCCGCACAUCAGAGCUGAUAUGAUAAAAUUUUUAGCAUAUUUGGUUCCUUAAUAAUUUUUAAGCAAGGAGAGACAUAGAAAUGCUUAAUAAGAUAGGGAUGAUUUAAUGUAUAAGGAUAUUUUCUUUAGGAGUUACACAUUGUAACAGUAAUUGAUAAAAGCAGUCGUCAAUGUUUACAUUGAUUCUGAAAGAACUGGCUAUUAUGAGAAGGGUGCUUUUAGAUUUUACGCUAGUAUGAUUUUAGAGUAUAUUUGGUAAGAUGGAGCUUACAGAUAGAAAUUCAUAGAAUAUGGCAUGCAGGAGCCUGAAAGAUUCACUGAAUUCUGCAACUUCCUAAUUAAUGAUGUGAAUAAUUUGCUUUUCGAAGGACUUUUGGAGUUAGAGGAGAUUAGAGACUUUGAGGAGUUACAAAGUAAUGGAGGAUUCAAUUAACUGGAUGAAGAUCAGAGACAGCAGAUGCAAUAAAAAUAUGAUGAAAAUACAAGGAAAGCAAAGUCUCAUUUCUAGUUAUCUAACAUGGUAGUGAAGUUGUUAGAAAAGGUAUCUAGCAAUGUGCGUGAACCUUUCAUCACUGAGGAACUUGGAGAAAAAUUUGCAAAUGCAGUAAAUUAUUGUAUAGAUAGUUUGGUUAGUCAAAAGGGCUUAAAACUUAAGAUCAACAACCCAGAGAGAUUUAACUUUGAACCUAGAGAAUUACUGAUCAACAUCCUCUGCAUUUAUGCUAAUAUGAGUGAAGAGUAAGUAUUCCUCUAAAAUGUGGUUAAGGAUUCAAGAUCGUAUAAAGAUGAAACCUUUUAAAAAGCAUUGAGGCUACUGUAAAACCCUAAGAAAGGGGUGUAAAUAGAUGGCCCAAGGACAGGAAAAUUUGAGAUUAUGGUGUAAAAAUUAAUAGAACUAAAGGUUGGUAUUGAUGAGGAAGAUACAUUAUUUGACGAUGCUCCAGAGCAUUUCCUCGAUCCAAUUAUGAACACAUUAAUGAAAGACCCAGUAGAGCUACCAGCCUCAAAUACUAUCAUUGAUUAUAUGAUUAUCAAAAAACACUUAUUGAAUGAUCCAAAUGAUCCAUUUAACAGAUCUCCACUUAAGAUUGAAUAGCUGAUCCCAAGACCUGACAUUAAGCAAUAGAUAGAGGAAUAUAAACAGAAGAAGAGAUAAGAAAAAAUGAAUGCUUGA